AUGACAAUUCUAAGUAAUACAACAGGACUUUCAAUUGGUUCACAUAUCAAGGUGCGUGUAGAAUGUGAUUCAAAGGUCUCUGACAAAUGUCGUAAUCAAUACGAGAUGCCACAUAAGGAUACUGUUCUUUUCCGUGCCAAUCACUCGGGAAAGAUCAUUUGUAUCCACUGUUCUAGAGCAUCUGUCGGCACCAAGCAAGCGGUGGUCAAUCCAAAUUGCAGCUUUGAUGAGAGUCUAUUGAGCACCCUUGAUUCCGAAGCGAAGGCCUAUCUUCUCGGUUGGUUUGCAAGUGUCGGUGUGAUUGGAGACGACGGUCAAUCGAUCACCAUUGAAACCAACAGAACAGAGGAAGCUUGUAUCCAGCAGUUGAGAGAUAUCGUUUGUCCAGAGAUUCCAGUCAUUCAUAAAUCGAGCAACGACGAACUACUCAGUGUCACUUUCACCUCGAAGCAGAUGACUUCCGAUGUUUGUGCUCACUUGCAAUUGAAAGACGUUGCUUCAAAGUCGUCGAGCAUGGUGCUCCCACAAUUCAGCACAAAGACAGUGGCGCUCGCUUUCGUUCGUGGAUUCUUUGAUGGCGAAGGAUCGCUCGUUCAGCGUGAAUCUUGCUCGCCCAUCGUUUCGUUGUCAUGCAAAUCCAGUCAGAUGCUCAAGUCGAUGGCGGAACUUGUCGACGUUCCACACACCGUCGGAGAGGACUUGUCAACCAUGCAAUGGAGUGGAGUGAACGCACUCGAUUUCCUUGGAAAGAUCUACGAUGGCAGUAAGUAUCAUCACCAAUCGAAAUACAAUAAAUAUAUGGAUUUGUGUGUUUGGUGUCCAGCGGCCAACAACAACACAUUGGGUGUUCGUGACGAUCCAAUGUUCACAGUCAGCAGAACCUCACCGGAUGCUGUCAUCCCUUCAAAGUCGAGAGCAAGUGACAGUGGUUACGAUCUGACCGUAAUCAAAACGGUGAGAGCAUUCAACUCGGUGACCACCCUCUACGAUACCUGUAUCAAAGUACGUCCACCCCCAGGUUUCUAUAUGGACGUCGUGCCAAGAUCCUCGCUGAGCAAGAGUGGAUACAUGUUAGCCAACAGUGUUGGUAUCAUCGAUAGAGCCUACGUCGGAUCAAUCAUGAUCGCACUCACCAAGGUUGAUCCAAACGCACCAGAUAUCCAACUUCCAUUCUGUGGAUUCCAAAUGAUUCCAAGACCAAUCAUUCACUUCCAAGUUGUCGAAGUCACCGCUGAUAUGCUCGAAGAUACCGGUAGAGGUGCAGGUGGUUUUGGUUCCACCGAGGAAAGAGCCAAGAAUAACGGAGUAUUCACUCCACCAAAUGCUACCAAUUAA